UUAAACUAUGGUAACACAGAACUCGGAAGAGCAGGGCAAAAGAAAUUUUUCUUAAUUAAUUUCAAUGAAGUGAUGUGGAUUCCACAUUGUGGAAAACAAUAAAAUCGCGGUAUAUUUUACAUAAAGUUGUUUUGUGUGAUUUUUAAUUUUUGUCAAAGAAAGAAUACCGUGCAAAUAUAAUUACAUGAUUCUAUUAGCGUAAAGUAGAACAGAUUUGCUGAAAAAUCGCACACAAAAGAAAAUGAAGAGAGUAUAAGACAUAUGCCGAAUAUUCAGCUGUUUAAUGUUUCUAUUUUCUUCUUGUUGAAGAAAUUAUAAAAUAACCAUACCAAGGUUCACAAUAGUAACCAUAUUGAAUAAAGUGCUAAUAUUUAUGUUGUUCAAUAUAUAAACGAUAGUGCCUUAGCUCUUAAUUUUUUUCUAUACAAACAUAAGUUUUUUUAUUCAGACAAAGUAGUUUAUGUGGAUGUGAUAGUUAAACUACUCCAGUAUUAAGUGUUUUGCGUUCACUUGCAUUAAAAAGUUGAAAAUAGUUGUUGAUUAAUCAUCAAUCUCAUUUAUAUUUCGCGCGUUAUUUUUUUGUAGCGAAUGAAUUGUAUAAAUACAAAAACUCAACUUGACACACAUCAGUAAAGCUUUUGUUGGAACAAUUGGCAUCGACAAGCACAAAUACCUGUACUUUCAAUAUGGCUUCAAAUGGAUCAUUUUCAAAAAAUACCGAUCAAAUUGUUGAACCUGCAGGCAGUUCAUCAACGACAUCGCCACGUACUAGCACAUCUCGACCGCCACAUCAGCAUCUACCGAGUGUCUUACCGGAUGAGGGUACAUAUCUGAAACCGAAUGCGAAACAAGCAUACUUCAGCGAUGAAAAGGUGCUCAUACCACAAAACGAUGAGACUGGCUUUAGCUUUCGCAAAUUAUGGGCAUUCACCGGUCCUGGGUUUCUCAUGUCCAUAGCAUACUUGGAUCCGGGCAACAUAGAAUCAGAUUUACAAAGCGGAGCGGCAGCAAAAUAUAAAAUCUUAUGGGUACUUUUAUGGGCCACGGUUUUGGGUUUACUGAUGCAACGUCUGGCGGCGAGGUUGGGUGUUGUGACGGGUCUACAUUUGGCCGAGAUGUGCUAUCGCCAAUACAGAAAGCUGCCGCGCAUCAUUCUUUGGAUAAUGAUUGAGAUUGCAAUUAUCGGCUCGGACAUGCAGGAAGUGAUUGGCACAGCGAUUGCGAUAUAUUUAUUGUCAAAUAAAAUCGUGCCGUUGUGGGGUGGAGUGCUGAUAACAAUUAUCGAUACGUUCACAUUUUUAUUUCUAGAUAAAUAUGGUUUGAGGAAAUUGGAGUUCUUCUUUGGAUUCUUAAUCACUGUAAUGGCGGUUACUUUCGGCUAUGAGUAUGUUGUCUCAGCGCCUGAUCAGGGUGAAGUGAUGGAAGGAAUGCUCCUGCCGUGGUGUAAGGAUUGUAAUGCAAAUGUUUUACUGCAGGCUGUAGGCAUUGUUGGUGCUGUGAUAAUGCCCCACAAUUUGUAUCUUCAUUCCGCUUUAGUCAAAUCACGUGAUGUCGACCGUCGUCAACCGAAAAGAGUUAGUGAGGCGAAUUUCUAUUUCUUCAUUGAAGCGUCGGUGGCGCUAUUUGUGUCAUUCAUUAUAAAUCUAUUCGUCGUAGCUGUCUUCGCACACGGCAUGUUCGGUAAAACAAAUCAAGAUGUGUUGGAUGUCUGCGUCAAUCAAACAAUGUACGAAGACGCAAAAGCGUCAUUUACGGAUUCGCACAACAACACCGAUCUCAUCGAUGCCGAUCUUUAUAAGGGCGGUCUAUAUUUGGGUUGCACAUUCGGUGCAGCGGCUAUGUACAUUUGGGGUGUUGGUAUUUUGGCCGCUGGUCAGAGCUCCACCAUGACUGGCACAUAUGCAGGACAAUUUUCAAUGGAAGGCUUUCUGAAUUUGCAAUGGCCACGCUGGCGUCGUGUGCUCUUUACGCGUUUAAUCGCUAUCAUACCCACAUUCUGCUUGGCCUUCUUCACACGCAUGGAAGAUUUAACUCACUUGAAUGAUAUUUUGAACGCAGUGAUGUCGUUGCAAUUGCCUUUUGCCGCCAUACCAACGAUAGCAUUCACAUCGUGUGUGGCUAUAAUGGGUGAAUUCGUAAAUGGCCUGGCGAACAAGGUCAUAUCCAUAAUGUUAACCAUAGUGGUAAUAACGGUAAACAUCUACUUCGUUGUAGUGCAAGUGCAGACGGCGUCUCUGAAAAACGGUUUAUUAGCAUUAGUUUGUAUAGGAGCCAUUUUAUAUUUGCUUUUUAACUUGUACCUUGUGAUACAUAUGAUUGCGUGCAUGGGCAAUCAAAGAUUUGUCAAUAAUAGGUGGGUCCAGAAGUUCGUACUACCCAGUCAGAAUAGUUUUACGAUAAAGAACGCCAAUUCAACGUACGCAAGAAUUUCUCCAAAUGGCGAUCAGGAAGUGGAUGUACCAUUCGGCGUAGAGGAGGAUGCAUAGCCACUACUGUGUGGAGUUGACUCCGAUUGCAGUGAUGAUAGCGAUAACACUUUAUUCAUAAGCAAAAAUGGAAUGUACAAUCACAGCUGUUCCAGCAUCAUCAGCUAGCAUAGGCGACUUUGUUGUUAUGAUGAUGUCCUUAAUAUUAUUUUUGGAAAAGCUAAUAACAGCACCCACACACAAGUACUAAUGCUAACAAUAUUCAUGCCCAAGUAGCAAUCACACAAACAAAGAAUGACAACCAAAUCAUGCAAAAUUGGUGCAUAUUUUUCUACAACAACAUACGCAGAAUACGAAUUAAUUCAAAAUGUUAAUCACUACAUUUAUGUAUGUGCCAUAUGUGUUAAUAUUUGUGUACAGCAAUAAGUGCAACAUGAGAGCACUCUUUUAAUUCGUGAGCGACUUCCAGCAAUAUGUUCAAAAUAGAAAUAAAUUGAAGGGAAGAAAUUGUUUAAUUAAUUAUUUUAUUUUAUUGAAAGCAUUUCUUGCAAAAAGUCUGACGAUUAUAAAUAUCUGCAACAAAAUAUAUUGAUUUAUAAAAUUCAAUUGAUUAUAAACAUAAAUGCAAUAUAUACUAUGUUCAAAGGUAAUACAUUCACUUAAUAUUUUCUUUUAUCUGAUUGUAAAUGCAGAAACAAAUGAAAAUGUGUAAUAAAAGGCGAAUAAAUUUGAAAGUGUACGUGUUAAGGCUGUGAUGUUGAAACGUGAAUCGGCAAAAGCGUAAAACCUUAAUUAUGAAAUUCUAAGCAGAAAAGUUACUUAAAUAUUUUUUAUAAGACAUUUUAAUUGUUGAUUUUUAAUCAAAAAUAUUUGCAAUAUUUUAUAUGUAUUUAUGUGUUUACACAAUUGUUUAUAAUGUACAAACCUAAAUAUACUUAAAAUUUUUACUUAUUUUUCAAAAUUCAUUUAUAUUUACAACUUCCAAAUUUAUUUAAUAAAAAUUAAAUUAUGUAAAGCAGUAACUACAUUGCAAUGAAAAUUCCAAAUCAAAUUAGUUAGGAAGUAUGUACCAUACGUCGCCGAAAAUGCAAAAUAAUAUGAUCAAAAAAUUCGAAAUUGAGUAUUUUAUUGAUUACGAAUCUUAUACUUUCAAUUUACAUACAAAUAAGUAUACAUCUAUGUCCAAUAUUUUAAGGUUCUGCUAUCAGAUAUAACCCAGUUUUGACCAAUAUAUAAAUUUUGUUUCUACUCAUGA